CACGCCCUGCUCCCUCCGCCCGGCACCUGCAGGAAGGGCUGGAACCGCCUCUGCGCGCCCGCCGCCCGCUUCCGCCCUCCCGCUCCUCCCACGCGUGCCGCCCGCGACCCCGCAGCUCCGCCGUGUCCCCGGCCCGAGGCCCCCCGGGUCCCCCGUCCGGCUCUUCCCGGAAGCGCUGCGCGCGGUGGCUCGGCGGCGCGGAUUGGACGCGUGGCACCCAACAGAGACACCCGGGGGUGGGUGGGACGGAGGACCCUAACUGCUAGUGGUGGAACUGUACCUUGUCACCAGGAACCCCAUGCAGCCCGAACCCAAGCCUAGCGGGCCUCCCCGCAGCAGCCAGUUCCUGCCCCUGUGGUCAAAGUGCCCCGUGAUGUACGCCCCCCCGGAGUGCAAGGCCGAGGUGACGCCCUCGCAGGACGGGAACCGCACCUUCAGCUACACGCUAGAGGACCACACCAAGCAGGCUUUCGGGAUCAUGAACGAGCUUCGGCUAAGCCAGCAGCUCUGCGACGUGACCCUGCAGGUCAAAUAUGAGGACAUCCCGGCCGCCCAGUUCAUGGCUCACAAGGUGGUACUGGCCUCCUCCAGCCCGGUCUUUAAGGCCAUGUUCACCAACGGGCUCCGGGAGCAGGGCAUGGAGGUGGUGUCCAUCGAGGGCAUCCACCCGAAAGUCAUGGAGCGGCUGAUCGAGUUCGCUUACACGGCCUCCAUCUCCGUGGGCGAGAAGUGCGUGCUGCACGUCAUGAACGGGGCGGUCAUGUACCAGAUCGACAGCGUGGUCCGAGCCUGCAGCGACUUCCUCGUGCAGCAGCUGGACCCCAGCAACGCCAUCGGCAUCGCCAACUUCGCCGAACAGAUCGGCUGCACUGAACUGCACCAGCGGGCCCGGGAGUAUAUCUACAUGCACUUCGGGGAGGUGGCCAAGCAGGAGGAGUUCUUCAACCUGUCGCACUGCCAGCUGGCCACGCUCAUCAGCCGCGACGACCUGAACGUGCGCUGCGAGUCGGAGGUGUUCCACGCAUGCAUCGACUGGGUCAAGUACGACUGCCCGCAGCGGCGCUUCUACGUGCAGGCGCUGCUGCGCGCCGUGCGCUGCCACGCGCUCACCCCGCGCUUCCUGCAGACGCAGCUGCAGAAGUGCGAGAUCCUGCAGGCUGAUGCACGCUGCAAGGACUACCUGGUGCAGAUCUUCCAGGAGCUCACGCUGCACAAGCCCACGCAGGCCGUGCCCUGCCGGGCGCCCAAGGUGGGCCGCCUCAUCUACACGGCCGGCGGCUACUUCCGACAGUCGCUCAGCUACCUGGAAGCCUACAACCCCAGCGACGGCUCCUGGCUGCGCCUGGCUGACCUGCAGGUGCCCCGCAGCGGACUGGCUGGCUGCGUGGUGGGUGGGCUGCUGUACGCCGUGGGUGGCCGCAACAACUCUCCGGACGGCAACACCGACUCCAGCGCCCUGGACUGCUACAACCCCAUGACCAACCAGUGGUCGCCCUGCGCCUCUAUGAACGUGCCACGCAACCGCAUCGGGGUGGGGGUCAUCGACGGCCACAUCUACGCGGUCGGGGGCUCCCAUGGCUGCACCCACCACAACAGUGUGGAGAGAUAUGAGCCCGAGCGGGAUGAGUGGCACCUUGUUGCGCCAAUGCUGACGCGGAGGAUCGGCGUGGGCGUGGCGGUGCUCAACCGACUGCUGUAUGCUGUGGGGGGCUUCGACGGGACCAACCGGCUCAGCUCGGCGGAAUGCUACUAUCCGGAGAGGAAUGAGUGGCGGAUGAUUACCCCAAUGAACACUAUUCGAAGUGGGGCCGGGGUCUGUGUGCUGCACAACCGUAUCUAUGCAGCGGGGGGCUACGAUGGGCAGGACCAGCUCAACAGCGUGGAGCGCUAUGACGUGGAGACGGAGACCUGGACUUUCGUGGCCCCCAUGAAGCAUCGCCGGAGUGCGCUGGGGAUCACCGUGCACCAGGGCAGGAUCUACGUCCUCGGAGGCUACGAUGGCCACACUUUCUUGGACAGUGUGGAAUGCUAUGACCCAGACACUGACACCUGGAGCGAAGUGACCCGUAUGACAUCUGGCCGCAGCGGGGUGGGAGUUGCUGUAACUAUGGAACCCUGUCGGAAGCAAAUUGAUCAACAGAACUGUACCUGCUGAAGCACUUGGGUUAUCUGAGCACUGACAACAAGAAAGAAAAAAAGUCCAUCCAGACCACUGCUGUCUUUGUACAAGAAGAAGAAGAAGAAGAAGAAAAGAAGAAGAAGACAAACAAACAAAAAACACAACCCACAAACAGAAAAUACAGGAACAGAAGAGGCAGCAAACAAAACCUCACUCCCCAGGAAGGGGGCUGGGAUGCCUUGUAAAUGACAUUGUGGAAGAUGAGAACUGAGCUCCAUGUGCCCAUUUGUCAUAGUCCCUGGAGCAUCCAAGACUGCCUGCCUAGGAUGGGGUAGGGAGGGCCCCCACACAGGUGAGAGGCCCCUGGACCCCCGCCUGGGGAGGGAGCCCCAGCAGCACCCAUAUCCCCUGAAGAGGGGACAGGCAAAGCAGGAGGCCCCUGCAACUUGGUGAUCAGUUCCAAGGGACAAGGGGAAGAAGGGAUCAGGUGAGGCAACGGGGCGGAGGCUCUCUCUGAAGCUGUGGUCCCCAGGGACAAGCCACCAGGCCUCUAUGCCCUGGACAGUUAUUUUGUUAAGUAACCCUGUAACUUUCCCAUGGAAAUAAAGAAUGGAUUAAAAGGUGUCUUGUA